AUGAAAUUUUUAUUAGCCUUUUGCUUGGCACUAAUUGCCCUGGUUGCAUCGGCACAAAGUGUACCUUUGGAUACAUUUUUGGAAGAUGAGGCCUUACAAGAAAUUGGAAAUAUGGAGCAAGGUACUGACGCAUAUGAUUAUGGAAAUGAAGGAGUGCGACAAAAGCGAGUAACAUGUGAUUUAAUGGGCAUUAGCACUCCUUGGGGCUCUUUAAAUCAUGCUGCUUGUGCUGCACACUGCCUCACCAUGGGCAAAGGAUUCAAAGGAGAUCGUUGCAGUAAGGGAGUAUGCAAAUGCAGACGUUAA